AUGGGAAGUGAUGUGAAGGAAAGCCUAAAGCUCUACAGGAAUUACAUUAUGAAUAUAAUUCGACCCUCCUAUGUCCUGCAAUUCAUUGGAACCUGGAUGCCGGAAAGUAUAGAACAGAUUAAGGCUGAGGAGGCAAAAGGACCAACUGCAGCUGCACAAUUAUUUAUAGAUAAACUGCUGGAAUUGGAUACUGAAGGAUGGUAUCAAGGACUUAUAGAUGGUCUAUUUUCUGCAGAAUAUAGAGGACUAUCUCAAGCACUUGCUGCUAAAGACUUCAGAGGCAUUCAAAGUCUAGAAGAAUAUAAAGCACGCCUUAAUGUUAUCAGAACGACUGUAACAUGCAACAUUAAGCCUGGAGAAGUAGUUGAUCACCUCAAGGACUGUCUCAUAAACAGGGAGGUUGAGGAGAUUUUGCAGGAAAAAUAACACUAUUAAAAGGGGACACUGCUGGAGCACAGAAACUUGUUGAAUGCCUACUCCGAUCCGAUAAAAUAGAAUGGCCAAAGACGUUUACUCUAGUCAUGGAACACUAUGGUUACAAAGAAGUCCUGGAAGUUUGGAAGGGUGACACAGAAUGCCAUAAUGAGAAGAAAAUACCCACUGAUGACCCAAUGGAAUUAGGCAGUCCUUUCAUGAUGUUUCAGUUCACAGAAGAGCCUGUAUUGGACAACCUAUGUCUGUCAGCUCCAGAGCAAGAUUAUGAACCAGGGCAAGAUUAUGGGCACGCUGCAAAGCUUCCCAAAAUGAUUUCCACUCCUGCAUCAGUAAAAACUUUGAAGCUAAGAAAGUAUCAAGAAGAGUUGGCUCAGCCUGCAUAUUGGGGCAAUAACACAAUUAUUUGUGCCCCGACAGGAUGUGGAAAAACAUUUGUGGCAUUAUCAAUUUGUGAGCACCAUCUAAAAUCUUUGCCUGCAGAUCGAAAAGGAAAGGUUGUGUUUAUGGCUACCAAAGUGCCAGUGUAUGAGCAGCAGAAAAAUAUUUUUCUGCCAGUAUUUUGAAGAUACCGGAUAUUCAGUGAUUGGGUUCUGUGGAGAGGAAGCUGAUAAUAUUCCUGUGGGGAUGAUGAUUGAACAGAGUGACAUCAUUGUUUUGACCCCUCAGAUUCUUGUCAAUUGUUUGAAUACUGGAUUACUGUCUUCCCUGUCCAUCUUUACCUUAAUGAUUUUUGAUGAGUGUCACAAUACAAUUGGACACCACCCCUACAAUGUGUUAAUGUUUAAGUACUUGGACCAAAAGCUGGACUCACCUGAUCAAAAACUUCCUCAGAUAGUUGGUUUAACAGCCUCUGUGGGAACUGGAAAGUCUCGCUGUGCUGCAGACGCUGUGCACUAUAUCGGUAAACUCUGUGCCAGUCUGGACAUUGAAUGCAUCUCUACAGUUAAGGAAAAUCUGGAAGAGCUGCAGAAAGUGGUGCACAAACCGGAGAAAUCUAUUCAUGAAACAAGUUGUCGUACGAGUGAUCCAUUUGCUGAGAUCAUGUCUGAAAUCAUGGCGGAAAUUGAGCAGAUGGCUAAAUCAGUUUACCCAUAUUUAGAGACUAUGUCGGAUAUUCAGAAUCGGGCUGUUGGAACCCAGAGGUAUGACAACUGGAUUAUUGACAUUCAGAAGAAAUGCCGUUUGCUGCAGCUGGAAGAUAAAAUGGAGGAGAGUCGUCUCUGUAGUGCUCUGUUCACAUAUACUGAACAUUUACGAAAAUGUAAUAAUGCACUCAUAAUUAACGAGGAUGCUCGUACCCAAGAUGCUCUGGAUUAUUUGCAGAACUUUUUUGACAAUAUCAAGAAUGGACCAUUUACAGACAUUGAACAGAAGCUAGUUAAAAAGUUUGAAGUUAAGUUGCCACAAUUGAUGGAAAUUGCAAAGGACAAUGAAAAUCCAAAGCUGGAAUUGUUGCAGUUUAUCCUGUCUGAAUCCUAUCAUGAAAAUCCAGAGACACGCACGCUGCUCUUUGUGAAGACCAGAGCUUUAGUAGAGGCUCUAAAGAAAUGGGUUGAGGAAACCCCAUCACUCAGCUUUUUAAGACCAGAAACAAUAUUUGGGAGAAAUAAAAGGCGUGAUAAUAUAGGAAUGACCCUUCCAAACCAGAAAGUAGCUCUGGAAACAUUUAAAAACUCAGCAGAGAGCAAAUUGUUAAUAGCUACUUCCGUCGCUGAUGAGGGCAUAGACAUCCCGGCAUGUAAUCUGGUUCUUCUCUAUGAAUAUGUUGGCAAUGUUACCAAGAUGAUCCAAGUCAGAGGUCGAGGAAGAGCCAAGGACAGCAAGUGCUACCUUGUAACCAGCAAGCAUGAGCAAGUUGAGAGAGAAAAGAUUAACUUGCUGCAUGAGUCUUUAAUGAAUAAGGCAGUUGUUGAUCUCCAGGAGAAGGACAGAGCUGAAUUUAUAAGACAGAACCUUCAGUUUCAAAGAGAAGAGAAGAGGCUUCGUGAUUUUAAAAAGAAUUUUACAGGACGUGUACUAUCAGAGGAGAACAAACGUCUGCUUUGUGGAAGAUGUAAAACCUUUGCGUGUGAUACAGAUUACAUUAGACUUAUAAAUAAAUCCCAUCACACGGUAAUUGACAAAAGCUUCAAGGACAGGUAUUUCACUAAGGAACACUCAAAGGCAAAGUCAUUUGAUGGCUUCCAAAAAAAGUACAAGAUAUUCUGCAAUAAUCGCAAAUGUGGAGACGACUGGGGUGUUGCUGGCAACUACCUGAGCUUCCAGAACAUUCCACUUAUCAAAAUUGACAAGUUUGUGGUAGAAAAUGCUAACGGAUCACGGGAAUAUUUUAACAAGUGGGUGAAGGUGAAUUUUAAAAUGAAGGAAUUCAACCAAGAAGAAAUAGAGGAGUCCUUCUCUACCAACACAGAAUAA